ACGAAACUCUGGAUCCUUGGCGCAUUGCGCACCAUAGCCGCUUGUUAUAUCUGACCAAUCACCGCCAAAGUGUGUGCGAUACUCCUUUCCCUCUCUUCACUCUUCCAUUUCCCGUUUUUCUGCUUCUCUUUUCCCACUUCUCUUCCUCCAUGGCCUCCGAGAACGCCGCCGCCGACGACGCCGUCAACGGCUUCACUCGCCCGGAGAUGUACACCGAAAACCUCGCCGGCACCGUCGACGCCUACGACCGCCACGUGUUCCUCUGCUACAAGAGCCACGUGUCCUGGCCCUCGCGCAUCGAGGCCUCCGACUCCGAUCCCCUCCCCAAGCGCGUCGCCGCCGCCUUCAAGGCCCGGAAGAACGACAUAACCGUCAAGACGAAAAUCACUGUGUGCGAGGCGCGUGAGGAGGCUGGCUUCUCCGACGGCGACGUUUUGAUUUUCCCCGAAAUGAUUAAAUACAGGGGUUUGGAGGAAUCAAAUGUUGAUAGCUUUUUUGAAGAUGUUUUGAUAAAUGGUAAACCAUGGAGUGCUGGAGUGCCAGAGGUGUUGAGCGGUUCGCAUGUUUAUGUAUGUGCCCAUGCAAGUCGUGAUGUGAGAUGUGGUGUUUGUGGGCCAGUUCUCAUCAAUAAGCUGAAUGAGGAAAUUGAGCUCCGAGGCUUGAAAGAUCAGAUAUCUGUUACUGCAUGUUCUCAUAUUGGUGGGCAUAAGUAUGCUGGGAAUGUAAUCAUAUACAGCCCAGGAGCAGAUGGAAAAAUUACGGGUCACUGGUAUGGCUAUGUUACUCCUGAUGAUGUUUCUGAAUUGUUGGACAAAGAUAUUGCAAAGGGAGAGGUCAUACACCGACUUUUGAGGGGCCAAAUGGGGCCAUCGGUUGCAGAAGUUAAGGGAGCAGAUGACCAGAAAGUUGCCAAUGGAGAGGAUACCGCCAGCAAGGAAAAUGUUGGUGGUUGUUGCCAGGGUGUUAAUGGAGUUUCUUGUUGCAGAAGUGCAAGUGUUGAGAAAAACAACGAAAUUGAAGAAACACCUGAAGCACAUAAAAAACAGGGGAGAAAAAUCUGUUCUAAUUGGCCAGUAUUACAGCAGCGUGAUAUUCUCGCAGCUGUUGGUGUGGUUGGAGCAGUAGCAGUUGUAGCUGUGGCUUACAAACUUUAUAGAAGAGCAGGGUAGAUUACUAAAAUAUGUUUUAGGUUGCUUGGGAGUUUAUUCGCUCGAUAUUUUUUUUUUUUGUCGAGGUUCAAUAAGAUCAAGAAACAAUUACGAUAACCACUAUUUAAGUUAUACAUCGACGCUUCCGCUUGUUGCACGGAAGGAAUAGUUAAAAGUCUAGCAACAGAUGUAGUGAUGAAAACUUUAUCAUCUUUUUGAAGCCAACAGAAUUAUGAUAUUGCUGCUGAAUGUUCCAUAAUGAUAUGUUUCUUUACUUA